AAACCAAAACCCAAUGUGAGGUGUGGUGGUGGCGAAUGAAUUCCGAUGAAGCUCCAGCUUGGUCGCACGCCACUCUCAGCCACAGCCACAGCCACAGCCACAGCCACAGCCUCCACCCCUCUUCUUCAUAGACCCUUCUCCAUAUCCAAGUUGGAGGACCAAAACGACGCUCGUUUUGUGUCUCUCUUAUGCGACAUCGUUCGAGGAAAGCAGAGUUGGAAGGUGGCUUUCAACGACCUUUCCAUUUCGUCGACAUUGAAGCCCCAUCACGUUGAACAAGUUUUGAUCAACACCUUGGACGAUUCCAGCCGAUGUAAGUUUUCUUCUACUUUGGGUUUCGAUUUGCUGCUUCAGAGUUACCUACAUAAUUCAAGAUUUUUUGAUGCUGUGGUUAUUCUAAAACUCAUGCUUGCCAAUGCCUUAUUGCCUGAAGUUAGAACGUUAAGUGCCCUCUUGAACGGGCUUUUGAGAAUUAGAAAAUUUAUAAUGGUUUGUGAAUUGUUUGAUGAGUCUGUGAAUGCGGGGGUUCAACCUGAUCCUUAUACUUGCUCUGCUGUAGUACGGAGUUUCUGUGAAUUGAAUGAUUUUUUUAGAGCUGAGGAAAAGAUUCGCUGGAUGGAAUUUAAUAGGUUUGAUAUGAAUAUUGUAACUUAUAAUGUUUUGAUUCAUGGGCUAUGUAAGGGUAAUCGAGUUUGGGAAGCUGUUGAGGUUAAAAGAUCGUUGAAGCCAAAGGGUCUGAAAGCAGAUGUGGUUACAUACUGUACAUUAGUACUUGGUUUUUGUCGGGUGCAACAGUUUGAGGCUGGAAUACAGCUUAUGGAUGAAAUGGUUGAGUUGGGGUUUGCUCCAACUGAGGCUGCUGUAUCAGGGUUAGUGGAAGGGUUGAGAAAGCAGGGAAAGAUUGAUGAUGCUUAUGAUUUGGUAGUUAGGGUAGGAAGACUUUAUUUUAUGCCCAAUUUGUUUGUUUAUAAUGCAUUAAUCAACUCUUUGUGUAAAGGUGGAGAUUUCGAUAAGGCAGAGUCUCUUUAUAAUAAUAUGCAUCUGAUGAACUUGCGUCCCAAUGAUAUUACUUAUUCUAUUCUCAUUGAUUCCUUCUGCAGAAGGGGGAGGUUGGAUGUUGCAGUAUCUUAUUUUGAUAGAAUGAUAGCUGAUGGUAUAAGAGAAACUGUAUAUGCCUACAACUCUUUGAUAAAUGGCCAAUGCAAGUUUGGGGAUUUGAGUGCUGCCCACUCUCUGUUUACUGAGAUGAUCACUAAAGGGGUGGAGCCAACUGCCACAACCUUUACCUCAUUGAUUAGUGCGUACUGCAAAUACCUACAACUAGAAAAGGCAUUUAUGCUGUAUAAUGAGAUGAUUGAGAGAGGAAUUAAUCCAAAUGUUUAUACUUUCACUGCACUUAUUUCUGGGCUUUGUGGUGCAAGUAAUAUGGCUGAAGCAUCCAAACUUUUUGAUGAAUUAGUUGGAAGAAAAAUCAAGCCAACUGAGGUGACAUAUAAUGUUAUGAUUGAAGGAUAUUGUAGGCAUGGUAAUGUUGAUAAAGCCUUUGAAUUGCUUGAAGACAUGCUCCAAAAGGGCCUUGUUCCUGACACAUAUACCUACAGACCUCUUAUUAGCGGCCUUUGUUGUACUGGUAGGAUUUCUGAAGCUAAAGAUUUUAUUGAUGGUCUCCACGAGCAGAAUGUAAAGUUAAAUGAAAUGUGCUAUAGUGCACUUCUACAUGGUUAUUGCCAGGAGGGAAGAUUGAUGGAUGCGCUGAGUGCUUCUUGUGAAAUGAUUCAAAGAGGAAUCAACAUGGAUCUGGUUUGCCAUGCUGUUCUUAUUGAUGGUGCUCUGAAGCAGCCAGACAGGAAAACAUUGUUUUCUCUCUUGAAAGAAAUGCACAAUCAAGGAUUGAAACCUGAUAGUAUAGUAUAUACAAGUAUGAUUGAUGCAUACAGUAAAGAAGGAUCUUUCAAGAAAGCUUUUGGAUGCUGGGAUUUGAUGGUUACUGAGGAAUGCUUUCCUAAUGUUGUGACUUAUACUGCUUUGAUGAAUGGUUUAUGCAAAGCAGGUAAAAUCGACCGAGCAGGUCUUCUUUUUGAAAAAAUGCUGGCUGCAAAUGUCCCUCCCAAUUCAAUCACAUAUGGCUGUUUUCUUGAUCAUCUUACAAAGGAGGGAAAUAUGAAGGAAGCUAUAGGACUUCACCAUGCGAUGCUUAAAGGGCUUUUAGCAAACACUGUAACAUAUAACAUUGUUAUCCGUGGCUUCUGCAAAUUAGGUAGAUUUCAUGAAGCUGCCAACAUUCUUUCUGAAAUGACUGAAAAUGGUAUUUUCCCCGACUGUAUUACCUAUUCAACUUUAAUUUAUGAGUAUUGCAGAAGUGGCAAUGUAGGAGCAGCAGUUAAAUUAUGGGAUACCAUGCUAAGCAAAGGUCUUGAGCCAGAUUUGGUUGCAUAUAACUUGCUAAUAUAUGGUUGUUGUGUUAAUGGAGAGCUCAACAAGGCAUUUGAAUUGCGUGAUGACAUGUUGAGGAGAGGGGUGAAGCUAAGACAUAAUUUACCAGCAUUGCAAAAGGGUUAAUAUAGGAGCAGCAGUUAAAUUGUGGUACAACAUGCUCAAAAUAACGGUUUAGAGCCUGUUUUACAUGGGUGCUGUGUUGAUGGAAAGCCCAGCAUGGUAUUUUCAGUUGCAUGAUGACAUGUUGAGAAGGGUGAAACGAAGGCAAAAUAUACAGAAUCUCUUGAAGCUGAAUUUUCAGAGAAAGAGAUUGAUGCUUGACGUUAAAGUGGUUUCUGAAGCCUGAGAAUGUGAAAGUGCUGCACUGCGUAAGUAACUCUAUGAUACAGUGUCAUAUCCAAAUCAUAAGAACCCCGUAAAAGGUUAGUACUUGCAAAGUGGAACAAAUGUUCUAUAUUUAGUUUUAAGCAAUGAAACUUCAUAUGAAACUAAAAUUUCAGUUGAAACUAGUUGCAAGCCUAAUUUUGUAUGUUGAAAAUUCUUUUAUUGAACGUUAUUUUCAAUUUACUUACAACAUGAAGAUGCAAAGCAGUUAUGUUUCUUGUCAAGAUUGGUGUUUGUAUGGAGUUCCAUUGAAGUGUAGACUGCUUAUGAAGCAAUUAAUACAAAAUUUGUUUGACUGAUUGAACAUGAAGUGUGCAAAAUUUAUAUAGCUGUCAAAAUCUAUACUCAUUUUAACCCAAUAUUAAAUUAUUAUAUUUUAUGUAGUCACCAAUUUUCAUUUUCAGAAUUGCAGUUAAAUGAUGCUUGAGCCAACUUGUGCGUGCCUUGAUUGAUUACCUCUCCGGUCCGGCCGAAUACAAAUCAUUUAUGGUUAGAGUUAAAUCCAUGAUUUGUGCCUACGAGCACAUCACUUGUUCAUGCACCACUAAACCCGCUCUUUUGGUUUAAUCAGUCAUGGUUUUAACUUGAUUUAUUUAUUUCUCCAAUUCCUUACAAUUCAGGUGUUGUCUCGCAGUAUUGACAAUCAGCCAAGCCUUUAUUUGUAAAGCUUGGUGUAAAUGUCAGUUCGCAACACUGUUUUAUUGUUAAGUUGUAUGCAAAGGACAAUUUUUUUAUGAGAAACGGUUUAUAU